CCUGGCGCCCUCUGGCGGCCCGGCCCGGCCCCGCCCCUGCCGCUCCCGCCCCGCUCCACGGCGCUGCUGCCCGGGCGCGCCGGCCGCCAUAUUGUCACCGCCGCGGGCCGGGCUCCGGCAGCCCCCGCCUCCAGCGGCCCGGCCAGGGACAGGGCAAUGCUGUAAGUGCCUGGUUCCGGGAGGCCUCUCAGCCCAUCACUUUUCUCUGUGCUGAUGGAUGGAAACCACUGAUAGCUGCAACGUGGAAGCACUUUUCCUUCCCUCUUGAGCUGAUUGCUGCAGUGAGCUCUGCCCGGCCCCGCUGGCCCCCGCACCCGUCUGGAAUGCAGCUCACGCCUUUCUCUGCCUCUCCCAGGACAGCUCAGGGCAGCAUCUGGGCUAGAGAUUAAGCAAGGUUCAAGGCUCGCAGAUGAGGGACAGAAUCUGCAGUCCAGCGAUGUGCUGCCCGGAGGCAGAGGUCUCCUGGAUGGAUUCCUCGAAUGGUGAUCACUUCUCCAGGGUGAUUGAGGUGCUGACCCUCUGUCUGUGGAAGCAUGUCGGGCCCAGUGCCGAGUCGAGCCAGGGUCUAUGCAGAUGUGAACACUCAGAGACCCCGCGAGUACUGGGACUACGAGUCACACGUCGUGGAAUGGGGCAACCAAGACGACUACCAGCUUGUGCGGAAACUUGGCCGCGGCAAAUACAGUGAAGUCUUUGAAGCCAUCAACAUCACCAACAACGAGAAAGUUGUGGUGAAAAUCCUUAAGCCAGUAAAAAAGAAGAAAAUCAAGCGUGAGAUUAAGAUCCUGGAGAAUCUCCGAGGAGGCCCCAAUAUUAUCAGCCUGCUAGAUAUAGUCAAAGACCCUGUGUCUCGCACGCCUGCCCUGGUCUUCGAACAUGUCAACAACACAGACUUCAAGCAAUUGUACCAGACGCUGUCUGACUUCGACAUUCGAUUCUACAUGUAUGAAAUCCUAAAGGCACUGGAUUACUGUCACAGCAUGGGGGUCAUGCACAGAGACGUCAAGCCACACAACGUCAUGAUAGACCACGAGCACAGAAAGCUGCGACUGAUAGACUGGGGCCUGGCUGAGUUCUAUCACCCUGGGCAGGAGUACAAUGUCCGCGUGGCCUCCAGGUAUUUCAAGGGACCGGAGCUCUUGGUAGACUACCAGAUGUAUGACUACAGCCUGGACAUGUGGAGUUUAGGCUGCAUGUUGGCCAGUAUGAUCUUCCGGAAGGAGCCCUUCUUCCACGGCCAUGAUAACUAUGACCAGCUUGUGCGGAUCGCGAAGGUGCUGGGAACGGAGGAUCUGUACGACUACAUUGACAAGUACAACAUAGAGCUGGAUCCCCGCUUCAAUGAUAUCCUAGGCAGACACUCCCGCAAGCGAUGGGAGCGCUUCGUGCACAGUGAGAACCAGCACCUCGUGAGCACGGAGGCACUCGACUUCCUGGACAAGCUGCUGCGCUACGACCACCAGACGCGACUCACUGCCCGGGAGGCCAUGGAGCACCCGUACUUCUAUCCCAUAGCGAAAGAUCCAGCCAGGAUGGGCCCCUCAGCUGGACUGUCAGCCAGUAACACACCUGUCAGCUCCUCCAGUAUGUUGGCAGGUCUUACCUCAAUGUCUGCAGCCCAGCCCAUUGGCAGCUUGGCCGCAUCGCCCGUCAUCUCCUCUCCAAACGCUCUGGGGUCGCCGGUUCCUGCUGCAGCUGGAGUGCAGCCCUGAACUCAGAUCUCAGCCUCUGGCUUCGAGCUCCACCACGGCUGUGCUUGCCUCCUACGCUCCUGCCCUCUUCCGCCGAGCGCUGACCCACUGCCAUCUGCAGCAGCAGCUUUCCAGAAGGCAGGAACCGGGGGGCUCUCUGGAAUUUUAUUUGUAUUUCUGUUGAGUAUGAAAAAAGAGCAAAACCAGGUUCCUUUUUCCCUCUGUGCGGUAACGAUCUCAAACGCUGUGGCUAUGGCCGAAGGCUGAUCUUGUCGUCUGUCCGGGUAAAGAGUUAGCUGCAUUCUUCUCAUGAGGAUCAUGGUUAGUGAUGCAACGACAAUGUAGAAAUUUAAAAUGGAUAAUAAAAUUUAUUUUCUAUGUCCCUAA